AUGGCACUGCUGAAAGUCAAAUUCAAUCAGAAGAAACGGGUAAAGCUAGCGCAGGGACUAUGGCUCAUGAACUGGUUUUCGGUGUUUGCUGGAAUCCUUGUUUUUAGCAUGGGAUUGUUCCUCAAAAUUGAGCUCCGGAAGCGAAGCGAGGUGAUGGACAAUUCUGAAAGCCACUUUGUGCCCAAUUCUUUGAUAUUGAUGGGUAUAUUAUCCUGCGCCUUCAAUGGUUUUGCUGGAAAAAUUUGUUACGACUCUCUGGAUCCCGCUAAAUUUGCCAAGUGGAAGCCUUUGCUGAAACCUUACCUGGCUCUGUGCUGCGUCUUUAACAUGCUCCUUUUCUUCGUGGCUCUGAUUUGCUUUCUCAUGCGGGGCUCCCUGGAGAGCACGCUGGCCCAGGGGCUGAAGAACGGCAUGAAGUUCUACCGGGACACGGACACCCCCGGGAGGUGCUUCAUGAAGAAGACCAUCGACAUGCUCCAGAUCGAGUUCAAGUGCUGCGGCAACAACGGCUACAAAGAUUGGUUCGAAAUCCAGUGGAUCAGCAACAGAUAUCUGGACUUCAGCUCCAAAGAAGUGAAAGACCGGAUCAAAAGCAACGUGGACGGGCGGUACCUGGUGGAUGGAGUCCCCUUCAGCUGCUGCAACCCCAGCUCCCCCAGGCCCUGCAUCCAGUACCAGGUCACCAACAACUCUGCCCACUACAGCUACGACUACCAGACCGAGGAGCUGAACCUGUGGCGCCGCGGCUGCCGGGAAGCGCUGCUCAGCUACUACAGCAGCAUGAUGAGCUCCAUGGGCGCCGUCAUCCUCCUCGUCUGGCUCUUCGAGAUGUCAGUGAUGGUUGGCCUGCGCCUGCUGCACACCUCCCUGGAAAGCAUUGCCAAUCCUGAAGACCCUGAAUGCGAGAGUGAAGGGUGGAUCCUGGAGAACAGCCUGAAGGACACUUUCAAAUCUGCGUUGGAGAACUUGAAAAAGCUGGGUAAGUUCAACCAGGUGGAAGCAGGAGCCGAAGGGGCCGAAGGAGAGGAAGGCGGGAAGACGCCAGCCAUCACAACAGUCAGCUGAGCUGCUCGCUGAGGUGGACUUUUUCUCAGAGAAAAAUAACAAAAACUGAGAAUUGUGAAUAUAUCUACAUUUGAAAAGCUAUGUAUCAACCACCAGAAUACACAUUUCUACGCACGUUCGCUUUUGUACACGGGAGCAUACAACAUAGUGCACCUUGAGAUAAAACACUUAUCCACAAUGUGAGUCCACCAUAUCCAGAUCCUUUUGGGAAUAUGACCCCAACUAGGACUUGUAAUAUUCACAUGUUCCCUUAUCAGAGACAGUUAGUUUAAGAAAAAAAAAAAAAAGAAAAAAAAAAAGAUUGCUGGCAUCACAUGGCAAUCCAUUCCAUCUUAUUUUGAAAUUAAAAGUGGAAUUGGAAAAUUUAAUUAUUUUUUUUUUUGCUCAAGUUGUUUCAUCAGCAUACUUUCUGUACUUCAGCUUUUAAGGACAAACAGAUUGGGU